UGAAAAAUCAUUAAUUUUGAAGUUAUAACUACAAAGAUGUUUUUUUAUUCAAGGAGCACUUCAUGAGAAAAAUAAAAAGGGGUUAUAUGAUUGUCACCUAGGAAUACACGUACAUACGUAUAUGUUUUACCUGCUAUUGUAGACGCAGCAUUACUAAUACGUUUACGUGGCCUCAAACCAUAACCUUUUGACAAUUCAACAGCUGAUAUAAUUAAUUUUAGUGGAUUAGUAACAAAUAUUUGUUUAUUCAUAUUUACAAAGAAUAUUCAAUUUCAUCGUGGAUACUAAAUCUUCAAAAAUGAGAAGAGCUCACUCUGGUUACGGGUAUGAACCAUUACCAAGUACUUCUCAUGUAGAAGAAGAAAAUGAUCAAAUGGCUAAUGAAUUGAAAGAUAAAAUCCAUGCAUUGAAAUCAUUAUCCAUCGACAUUAGUACUGAAGUAAAAUAUCAAGAUAAAAUGCUUCGAGACAUGGAUGAUGAUUUUGAAAGAACAAGUGGAUCACUUUCAAAUUCAGUUGCUCGUGUUUUAAGGAUGGCUAAAGGAAGUCACAAUUAUUACAUAUUAUAUUUAUUCUUAUUCUCAAUAGCAGUGUUCUUCUUUUUAUGGAUUUUUUUGAAAUUGAAAUGACAUAUAUGAUGAUUAUUAAAUUGGAAUUUUUCAUUCCCAUUUUCACGAAAUUGUCAUUUGUUUAAUUCAAAAAAACUUGUUGGGUUAUUGGAAUGCCUUGAGCAAUGUAUAUAGAGUAGUCUUAUAAUUAUUAUUUAUUUAUACAAUUUUAGUAUUGUAGAUAUUUUGAUUUACAUAAAAUUGUAUUACGUAAGUUGAAAUUGGACAGUUUUUUGAGUAAAAUUAGAAUUGAUUUAGAGCAUUUUUUUGUAAAAUUCAUUUAGCAGAGCCUGUAAUGCAACUCUCUGUAUAUAUUAAGUAAUAAAAAUUUAUACC